AACUGGACUGGCUCGUGCGUACAAAACAACCUACUUUUAACGUUUUUUUCUUUCCAUUUUAGUUGUUUUUCUUAUUAGUUUUUUUUCCAAAGUGUGUCUCGGGUGGUUCAUGUUCACAAAUGUUAGCGGUGGGGCAGAUGGAGGCUAACCGGCAGAGUGCGUUCGUCCUGGGUAGCACCCCGCUGGCGGCGUUGCACAACAUGACCGAGAUGAAGACGUCCCUGUUCCCGUACGCGCUGCAGCAGGGCCCGGCCGGCUUCAAGGCGCCUUCACUGUCCAACCUCAACUCCCAGCUCUCCGGUGGGACCCCGCACGGAAUAAGCGACAUCCUGGGGAGACCCAUCACCACUGCCGGCCAGCUGCUGUCCGGCUUCCCCAGGAUAAACGGCCUGGCCACCACCGCCGCAGCCGCAGCCGCCGGGAUGUACUUCAGCCCGGCCGUGUCCAGGUACCCCAAGCCCCUGGCCGAGCUGCCGGGGAGGGCGCCCAUCUUCUGGCCCGGGGUGAUGCAGGGGUCGCCCUGGAGGGACCCCCGGGUUCCGUGUCCCACUCAGGCCAGUUUAAUGGUGGACAAGGACGGAAAGAAGAAACACUCCAGACCCACUUUUUCAGGACAGCAGAUUUUUGCACUGGAAAAAACUUUCGAGCAGACGAAAUACCUGGCGGGUCCAGAAAGAGCCAGACUGGCCUAUUCUUUAGGAAUGACCGAGAGCCAAGUCAAGGUUUGGUUCCAGAACAGAAGAACCAAGUGGCGGAAGAGACACGCGGCAGAAAUGGCGACGGCCAAGAAGAAACACGACUCAGAGACGGAGAAGAUGAAGGAGAGUUCGGAUAACGAGGACGACGACGAGUACAACAAACCACUGGACCCAAACUCAGACGACGAGAAAAUCACAAGACUGUUAAAAAAGCACAAGGCCACCAACCUGGCGCUGAUCAGCCCCUGCAGCAACAGCUCGGACACGUUGUGAUGAUGCCCACAGCUGCGUGGGCGUGGGGUGGGCCAUAAAAAAUAAUUAAAAAAAUAAAUACAUAAAAAAAAAAAAAAAUAAAAAAAAAAAUAAAAAAGCGGGGGCCAAAGGGUCCAGCAGAGACUCGUCGACCCCAUUUUCACCUGAUAUUACGAACAUGCGUCGGAGGUGAUUUUUUUUUCUUUUUUUGCUCAAACGGAGCAAGAAAAUGCGCAAAACAAACAAAACAAACAAAAAUAAAAAAUGUAAAUGACGCAGUGAAGACGCGCUUGGCCACGCGCAGACACGGAGAUACGAGCUCUGUCAGAAGUGGAAGAAAGAAAAAAAAACACGGAGGAACUGAUGUGAAAGUGAAGACACUGAGACAGGAGACACUUUUGGACACGCAGAUCCGUUUUUACGCACUGGACUGGAGUUUGAACACGUGUAAAUGUAAACAAUAUAUUAUAUACACGCCAUCCGGGUCAGUGUUGGCUCUGACAUCAACGCAAUAACAGCCUGACUUUUUGUUUUUGUUUUUUUAAUCACAAAAAUGAUGCUACUUUUAAUUAACUGAGUCAAACUAUAAGCUCCGAUAAGUUGAGUUGACUUAAAAGAAUUGCGCCAAGUGGUUGCCUUAAAAAUUAACUAUUGAUAAAUGAAUCUUUUGAGGACAUUUAACUGAAAAUCUUUUGCAAUAUGAACUGCUUUUGCAUAGUUAUUACACUUAAAUAAUUAAGUUCAUUGCACUAAAUUCCACAUUUGACUAAAAAUUUUAAAAGAAUUUAAGUUAAAUGUGUUUCAAAAGUGCAUGAAUCGUUCUUAAUUUUUAAGGCAACCACUUUUCUCUCUCUCUCUCUC